AUGGGGUUUGCUGAGGACAAGGUUUAUGAGUACAUUAGGGAAUAUAUGUCCGAAUUCCAUCACAUCCGGGUGCUCCAGCUGAUUCGCUAUCUGCCGUGUCUCUCUGAUGCAGACAGGGAAGAGAUCGAAGCCUACGACGACAGGAAAGGGAACGAGCAUGCCGUGUGGAAGCUCUUCGACUACUUGAAAUGCAGGAGUGGCUGGGUGAAGGAGCUCAUUGAGGCACUCAGGAAGAAUAGGCACCAUGAUCUCGCAGACAGGGUUCAGCGCAAGUACGAUGCUCACCAAGUCUGUCCUCGGAGCAAGGCACCACUUCCUGCGGUGAAUAACUCUCUGCCCAGCUACGCGUCCGUUUGCUCUCCGAUGCCGCCACCGACUGCUAAUCCUGAUCCUCGGCGCGCUGGCCCCACCUUUGCGAACAAUCCCCACACGCCUCCGUUGCCUAGGCAGCCAGCAAGUCUCCCAGGGCCUGGCACACCCCUGCCUCUCCAGACGAAUCUGUCAGGAGCGGAAAGCUGCCACGACCUGGGAGAAUACAAUAUUCCUGUGCAAGAAAUGGAGCCGAUGGCAAAGCAAAAGGUUACAGAAGAUGCCCUGACCCCAUGGAGGGAAGCUCCGAGUUUCCAACCCGCUGGGAACGCAGCACUAGCUGAUCUCAGGGCAUCACAGGAAGGCAGUAACCAUGGAGAUGGUCUGGCCCCAGCAGCAGUCCAUUUAUCUCCUGGAUCACCAGCGGAACACCUGGCUUGUGGGGGGAUGCCCAGAGGAGAGGUGGAAGUGGCUCAGCCAGGCAGACCAGUACCCGACCCAAGAGGACAGAGUCAGGACUGGGCCGGCCGCCAGCAGCAUCCGGUCUGUGUGAGUGGUGGGUAUUUUGGGAACAUGAAUCACCUGAACGUUGGGAACAGCAGAAAGGCAUCCGUGCCUGGAGAGCCUGUUCAGAGAGGGGAGCCGGCCGCUGCUCCUAGCCCAGAGGAUUUCAUGAACCAGCCAGAAGAGGUUUACUAUUCUUCUUUUGAGUGCUCUCCCCUGGCUUCCGGUGCCAACAGAGCUGUCCACGGGGAUAGGCAGCAGACUGGAGAUUCGCUCCGGGAACAGAAGAUUCAGGCUUUGCAGGGUUACGAGAAUGGGAACCUGACGAGCAGCAUGGUGGAUGUUCAUGACCCUCUCCUCCUGCAGACCCAGUUUGAUGCAGAGCAGAAACGUGCCCAGGGACAGAGAGACCAUGGUGGAGAGAGGGAUGCGUUUCCCCUACACCAAAUCAGAGAUUCUGCACAAAGCACAUGCAGUUAUGGUGAUGUGGGAGCCAUCAAAGGAAGGGCUGACUCUAGUUCUGCAAUCGGAUCAGUGCCUGCCUUUCAGACAACAAGCACAAUCCCAAUGGACCUCAGUGAGGAUGCGACUGCUCGUGAUUUGGGAGCAUUACAUCUCGGCACAACAUGCUCAGCCAGUUCCUCUGAAAAACUGGCUUCAGGCCCCUCCACUGGACCUUCCCAGGGGAUUCCUGAGCAGAACCCAGGUAGCAGCAUCAAUUCCCACUGUGGUGGACGGUUGGAAGGGUGCCUAGCAGAUACCCCGGGAGUUGCCAGUGGACCGGCAAACAGCAGGGAUCCUCAAAGCAAAGUCCAGAUUCCAGCUCCUGCAGCUCACAUGCUACGCCCAGCUUCAACUCCUGGGCCCAGCAACGUUCUUCCAACCGGUUCCCCCAUCCAUCCCAGUAUGACUGGAGUUCUCAAGCUCUCCAAUGACAGGCAUGCUGUGGAAUUCUCUGACCUUAGUGACUUCUCCUCUACUGCUGUGAUUCCACCUAGUUCGCCUAGAUUGCCUUCUGACCCGUCAGGGCCAGCAUUCAACAGCGACCUGGGUGAGCUGAAAUCUCCCGUCCAAGAGCGUGAACUGCCAACGAGAGACACAGACAGCAGCAGCACCUCCAUGCCAAAGGAGAAUGCAAAUCGAGCGCCAAAGCCCCCUGCUCCGAGUGUGACCCGAACCAGCCCAGGGAGCCCAGCUGGCACCACCGCAAGGGAGGCAGGGUGGGAGACCCAAAAUGCCUUGCCAGGCCCCCCUAGGGGCUGCCAAGUGUUCUACAGUGAGCCGGAUGAAGAGGUGGUGCUCAGCAAGCCAGGCGUGCUAAUCUCCACUGGAGGCGUGGAGGAGCCAGCCACGAGGCAGCCAGAGUCACCCGAGACCAAUGUCCAAUAUUCUGGGAGGUCUGAUCGCUUCAUCCUCAGCAGCGAGUGCUCUCCGGACAGCAAUCCCCUAAUGAUAAGCGAAUCCAGCAGUGCCUGUUCCAGCUCCAGCAGAGCCCAGAGGAAUCAGCCUGAAGAGAAUCACUACUCCUCUCGCUCUGACCACCGCCCCCAACCUUGGGCUGCCAGCAAUGGCCCAAGAAGAGACGAGGCUACCAAAACCAGCAGAGCCUGCCUUCUGCCAGAGAACAGCAGCACCUGGGAUAGCACAGCUGUGGGAACUCACGAAGUCCAUGUGGUUGAGUAUACUAGCGCUGAUCUGAGGGAGGCUCCCUGCCUGCGGGAUGUAGCCAACGCCUACGAAAACCCAUCUCCAGCCAGCACUGGCUCCCUCAGGAGGCUCUCCGGAUAUUCCGACUCACCUUGGAAUUCAGAAGCCCCUCCAGGAAGUUCCCCCCAGAACGAUAACCGGCCAAGGCGAGACGGGGAUGGGACAUCCUUUCCCUUGAAGGACUAUAUACUGCCAGCUGCCGUUGCUGCUUUCACUUCUGUUGUGGCUUUCCUAUUCUAUAAGCAUCUGCAGAAAUAGGAGUCGAGCAGGGUGGAGAGAUUGUAGAGCAUCACUUCAUUCAGCCACAAAGUCAACAGUAAACUUCAUGCUUAGCUUUCUCUUACGUAGGAAUUUUAACUGGCAAACUUAAGGCUAGUCUGGAGGGUGGAAUUUCGAAUGCACUAUUCAGUCUUUUUUGGAAAUGAGGCAUGAGGCCUCAGAUGCCUGACCCCCUUGUGCUCUUCGCCAUCCUUGUUGUCACCAGUUGCCUUCUCAUAUACUUUCCUUCUCCUGCUGCACCUCAACUUCCCAUGCAAGCCGUCGCUGAUGGACCCUUACUUGAGACAGUGAAAUUCGCAACCCCUUCCGCAGAUGCUCAUUAUCCACACCUGUCUGUGGGCCGGUGCACUGGAACGGGGGGGUACCAAAGAGACAGGUGGAGGCUUUCUACAAAGAGAGAGCAUGUUGUCCUGUGAAUCACAGGAUUCCUACUGACCGCUCUGAGAGAAGGAGUUUCAUUUCCUUGCAGAAUCUGAAGUGUAUGAACAUCAAGAAAGCGCAGCUGGCGUCUGCUGCUAGAUUUUGCCCAACUUUAAAAUGCUGGUGCAUGGAGAGGGGCUGGGCACUAGCUCCUGUGCAGGUACCUGACCAGGGAUACUACCUUGAAUUCAAACGUGGUCCAUUGAGGGCUCUUCUGGCUUUCUCCUCCAGCCAUGCCUCGUGAUUGGGUUUGUGUUCACUCUCCCCUUCCUUCUUGCCAUGUGUUUGUGUAUGACUGACUGGGACCACAAUUCAGGAUCCUCUGCUGUCACUGAGUUGAAUGGCUGUGCUGCUGGUACAACUAUUCACUCACGUAGGGUGACCAGACGUUCCGAUAAAAUCGGAACCGUCCCGAUAUUUAAGUGUUUGUCCCGCGUCCCGACCGAUCUUUGGUCGGGGCGCUCUUUGUCCCGAUAUUUGCUUCGCCAGCAGCACUUGGCUUUUUUUUUUCCUCUCUCUCCUGCUCAGCCGGCACGAGCCAGCUUCCCCUGCCGGAUCCGGAAGGGGUUACUACUGGCCGCUCGGCCGGAAGUGACGCCGUGGCCAGUGGGGAGCCGCCGGUUCCCCCACCCUGCUCGUAGGACUUUGCCAAGAGCCUUGUGCGCCAUGGGGGGGCCGCGGGGCCGGCUGGGCUCUGGCAGCUCCCGGGCGCGGCGCGGGGCCAUAGCAGAGCCCCGCGGUAACGUCAGCGGCUCCCCAGGGCGUGACACUGUGGCAGAGCCCCGGGGCGGUGAAUUGCGGGGAGCUCUGGGGGGCGGACCCGGGAGAAGCCCUGUGGGAACCACGUGUCUGCUUCGCGGCAGGGAUGGGUCCGACUGGGCUGCCUGAGGGCCAGACGCUGGGCUGAGCCAGCAAAGGCAGAACGGAGAGAGGCCUCGGGCCAAGCUGCUAGGACAUGUGUGGGGGAGGCCGAAGGAAACUGGGCGUCCAGCCAGUACCUGUGGCCCCGAAGAACCCCCAGCUGUG